AUGUGCCUUCCUGAUCGGAAAACCGCUGCGCACGCAUCACAAACAUACAUGAAAUUUGUGUGUGGGUGUGUGUGUGUGUGUGUGUGUGGCUCCGACACCAAACCUCAGAGCCAUCAUCCUCAUCCUCAGGUGGAGAAGAAGAGGUUAAACCGCGCGCCGUCCCCUGCCAGACCCGUCCUGAAGGAUGUCCACUCGCGAACGGCCAAACCGAUCGUGCCAAAAUCACCCAAAUUCAACAAGCAGCCAGCGUCCGCCGCGCCGGUGACACCUCAGAGCCGCGUUCCUAGACGCACCGUUCCGGGCGCGAAGGACAAAACCGCAUCAGCACCUGCAAGAAGCAACAGCAAGCCCUCAGCGACAAAAAAGGCCGUUAAGGUCACUCAGCAUGCAGCAUCCGAGACGAAACCGGCCUGCAAAGCGGUUGAUGCCGCCGCUCCGCAGAUCGCCAAGAGCAAGGGACGGCUGGCCCCGGUACGCGUCCCCACCGGACGCGGCGUUUGUCAGACGGACAGCAGCUCGGAUUUGUCCGACUGCCCCUCCGAGCCGCUGUCCGACGAGCAGAGACUCGCUCAGGCCGCCAGUAGCGAUGCGGAGUCGGGCAGCGGCUCCGGUUCGAGCGAGCAGGCGGCCGGGGUUCGGGUUCGGAUCUCAGGAGCGGGAGCUGCACCUGUGCCCGGUGCGCACGCGGACAAAUGCAAAGCCGAGAAAGACGCACAAUUCAAACCGGAGGGCAAGGAAAUGGCCCAGGAGGAGCUGCUGAGGGAAAUCGAAGACCUUCGAUCGGAAAAUGACUACCUCAAGGAUGAAGUGGACGAGUUGCGAGCAGAGAUGGAGGAGAUCAGGGACAGUUACCUGGAGGAGGAGGUGUACCAGCUCCAGGAACUGCGCAGGGAACUGGACCGCUCCAACAAGAACUGCCGGAUCCUGCAGUACCGCCUGCGCAAGGCUGAACAGAAGAGCCUGCGUGUAGCUCAGACCGGACACGUCGACGGAGAGCUUCUGCGCGGUCUGGAGCAGGACCUCAAGGUGGCCAAAGAUGUAUCUGUGCGUCUGCACAAUGAACUGGAGACAGUGGAAGACAAGCGCACACGGGCAGAAGAUGAAAACGAGCAACUCAGGCAAAAGCUCAUCGAGGUGGAGAUCUCCAAACAGGCCAUGCAGAACGAGCUCGAGAGAGCCAAAGAGACUGCUCUGCGGAGGCGAAGCAGUAGAGAAACCUUCAAAGAUAAGAAGUCUUUAACUCAGGAGGACAGUGCAGAUCUGCGCUGUCAGCUACAGUUUGCCAAGGAGGAAUCUGCUCUUAUGCGUAAAAAGAUGGCAAAACUUGGCCGUGAGAAGGAUGAACUGGAACAAGAAUCGCAGAAGUAUAAAUCAGUAUAUGGAGACAUGGACAGUCCUUUGCCCCUGGCAGAGGUGACAGGUGGAGGCCCCCACACCUCCCGGGAAGCCGAAUUAAGGUUACGGCUCAAACUGGUGGAAGAGGAAGCCAACAUUCUGGGAAGGAAGAUCGUAGAGCUGGAGGUGGAAAACCGUGGCCUCAGGGCGGAAAACGAAGACCUACGCUGCCAGUACGAGAGGGACUGCUUUGGGCGUGAACCCUUCUCAAGCGUCCCUACCUCACCGUUUGGUGGUGAUGCCCUGGAAUCUGCAAAUGAACUGCGGCGACACUUGCAGUUCGUGGAAGAGGAGGCAGAGCUGCUGCGGCGCUCCAUCUCUGAGAUUGAGGACCACAACAAGCAGCUGACGUCUGAGCUCAACCGCUUCAAAUUUGGACCCAGCCAAGCCGACCGGGAGUCCGAGGGAGCUGAGGGUGGAAAUGGUGGCACUCUCAAACCUGGUAAUGGUUUCUCGGGAGCAGGGAGUGGUGCCACACUGCAGGAGGAGCUGAAAGCCUCAAGACUCCAGAUCAAUGAGCUAAGUGGGAAGGUGAUGAAGCUGCAGUACGAGAACCGGGUGCUAAUAUCAAAUAUGCAGCGCUGUGACUUGGCGGCACACUUGGGAAUACGCACCAGUAGCCCACGGGAUAGUGAUGUGGAUAGCGAUGCCGGGCGAAGGGAACCAGAUGAGGACGAGACGGCCAGGCUUCUGCUGCUCCACCCCAAACGUGAGGGUCCUGUUGGCGGGGAGAGUGACUCCGAUGACUUGUUUGAGAAAACGGCGACUUCUGGAUUCGCCAGUGGCGAGAAACCUUCAGAUCCUGGCGAACUGGGAGUGGCCGAGUUUGCCCAGCGGAGACGGGAAGACCGGGAGACGCUCCACAACGUCAGGCGUGAAGCUGAGAUGCUUGUUAAAACAGUGGAGCGGGUCAUCACAGAUACGGACAGUCUGAUUCACGAAGGUCAUCUGGUUGUCCUGGGAGGGGACCUUCUUGCGGAAAGUUUGGAGUUCAGAGGUGAUGGGGACUCUGCUGAAUCUAAACCCGACUCUCAGGUGCUGGAUACCAUCAACACCCGCAUGAGGGCUUUUCGAACGGAACUCCAGCAAUUCAUGGACAAGGUGGACCACCUAGGGGAGGGUCUAAGGGACCGCGUCGACGACCUUUCCCCCAUGCCCAACCUCACCGAAUCUAGCAGCUUCCUUUCCUCGGUUACCUCCAUGUCAAGGGACUCACCCAUCGGGACACUGGGAAGGGAUCUGGUGACGGACUUCCAGUACGGGCGCAGGGAGGAGCAGGAGUGGUGCCUAGACCGCCAGAGUGUCCCGGAGGCCCCUGGACAGGGACAGGGCGCCGCUAAGGGCUCCGUCACAGCCAGGGGAGGCCCUGGACUCAGUAGAUACACCAGGCCCCACAGUUUCAGACCCGAGUGCUGGGAUUUUGAGACUGGUGUUCUGUGUUCUGAUGGGGUCCAGUUCCGUGACCCGGUCCUGCCCGAGAUGGGAACGCCUACCAGAGAAAUACAGCUCCGCCUGGAGCACGACAGGAGGAUGAGAGCUGGAGCGGAGGAGAAAGACAGCUGCACAUCAUCCAUCACUCAGCUUGUGCAGGAGGAGGAGAGGAGGAGAGCCGAGGCCCGGCGAGGACUCGAGCUGCAGGGACUUCAAUCUCAUGAGCCAACGUGGCCACAGGAAAGAGUCCUGCUGCAACAGGAAGUGAGGUUGUUCCACCACAACAUGGUCAUUGUCUACAUGAAGCUGCGCUGGAUCCUGAUGCACUGGAGGCUCGGCCGCAGGACGGACGCACUGGAGGAGGGAGCGCAUGCUGAGCUUGUGCAGGAGGAGGAGAGGAGGAGAGCCGAGGCCCGGCGAGGACUCGAGCUGCAGGGACUUCAAUCUCAUGAGCCAACGUGGCCACAGGAAAGAGUCCUGCUGCAACAGGAAGUGAGGUUGUUCCACCACAACAUGGUCAUUGUCUACAUGAAGCUGCGCUGGAUCCUGAUGCACUGGAGGCUCGGCCGCAGGACGGACGCACUGGAGGAGGGAGCGCAUGCUGAGUAUGAACGAUUGGAGAACAUUCCAGAACUGGGCAUUAUGAUCGACCAGGGCGAUGGAGAGACGGAGGGUGAAGACAAAGUGUGCGCCCAAAUCAUAGGAAGUGACCACACAGAGCCUGGCCCCCUCCUGCAGUCACCGGAGAGAUUCCAGUACCAGAAACAGGCAGGGGACAGUCGGCAUGUGCUGCACGCGCUGCGCUCCCUGCUGGAGGAGUUCAGGGCGGAGCUCCGCGAGGAGGCACAGCGGCGCUGGCAGCUGCAGCAGACGUUAGCCAACGAGAGAGCGGCGUGGGAGAUACAGCGCGCUGAAAUGAGGAGUCACGUCACCAGGCUGCAGGAUAUGAGAGGAGAGUCUGCAGGCGCAGGCGCAGAUGAAGGUGCAGUUGCUUCAGAUGUGUUACAGCAGGAGCGGGAGGAACAGCGCUGUCUGCUGGCCGACAGUCACAGCACAGCACUGGAGCUGCGCUGGAAACUGCAGCACGGAGAAAAGUGCUGGACCCACGAGCGGAAUGAACUACUGGAGCGGUUCGAGAAAGAGAGGCAGGAGUGGGACCGCAGCUUACGGGAAAUGUACCGCAAAAUGGAAAAGAUGCAGAAAGAUGUUCUCCAGCCAGAAGGAGGCACAGCGCAUGUCUUCUCUCCUCAGGAGAGCCCCUGUAAGGCUCCUAGAUCUCCACGCUCCCCCUGCACAGCCGCACACACGCAUUCCCACUCCGACUCGGAGGCCACACUGGAGGAGAAGGGGGCGACGGGCAGACCCAGACCCUUUGAGGGACACCGGCCCCCAGAGAGCCUGUUCCUGGACGCCCUCUCUCUGGAUCCUCUGAGCGAAGCCGAGGUGCCUCCUCCAUCACGUCUGGAGAGCGAAAAGCGGUUCCCCCACAUGAAGGAAGUAAGAGAGAGAGCACUGAAUGAGAUUUCUGAGAGUGUGGAUCCUGCCAUUUACCCUGAGGAAGAGAAGAGUGGUGGCAGCCUACUCAGGGCGAAGUCAGUCUGCUCCAUGAGUGACUUCCAGCGUUUGAUGGACAGCUCCCCCUUCCUGCCAGAUAAGAGCAAGCCUGGCGAGCAUGAGCGGGAUGAUGUGACUCCUCCCCUUUCACCAGAUGACCUCAAAUACAUUGAGGAGUUUAAUAGUAAGGGUUGGGAUCUGCCCACCAGUUCCCUGGCCGCUUGCCCCAUUCCUGGCCCAGUAAUCCCCUCUCCAGUGAUGGAGGCCUGGGCAGAGAGGGCAGAAUCCCGAAGGGCCGAGUCUACUUCAGAAGCAUUCCAGCCAGCCUCCUGGUACCUGACCACCAGCACUACCUUGACCACCAACACCAUGAGUAUCCCUGAGUACUGCCAAAAGCUCCCACUCAGGGCAGCCCAGGGGGGUGAACAGUUUGGGGUGCAGGUCCUCCACAGUCCCGUUCGAGGGGAGCGGUCAGCUCCAGGCCCCCCUGAGCAGGAAUACAUGUUCUCCAAAGUGACCAAAGUAAAGGCAGGGGAGGUAGUAGGCGAUGCUGAGGAGGUGUUUGGAGAAAGGUGGCCAUGUGAGCUAAGGAGUAAUUUGGAGGCAGGACUUAGGCCUGGAGAACAUCCAUCGAUUUGCGCUGCUGUCGGGUAUACCUCGUCAUUAGAGCUGGAGCUGGCACGGAAUCUGAGUGAUGACAUGAAGGAAAAGGCGUUUUCUGCUCGGAAUGCCGUCCGAUCAUCUUCUGCAUCCGGAUCCAGCCCUCCGGAAAGGCAGCUACGGGACAUGGCAUGUCAGACGAAUGGUUUAACCACACAGGGAACACAGACCACCCAGACCAUCAGCGUGGGAUUGCAAACAGAGGCUCUUCGCACCCUCACAAGCAGCCCUCACCGCUGUCUAACGCCCAAAGGAGGCUCCACGCCCAUCUCAUCUCCUUCACGUAGCCUGAGAAAGAUGCAGUACUCUCCAGUCGUACAAGCCAAGUUUGAACGCCCAUGCUGUUCGCCGAAAUAUGGCUCACCUAAGCUCCAACGGAAACCUUCUAAUUCUGGCAAAGCAGAACAACCUGUUGGCCAAACCCGUGCUCCCACCCCAACAACCACUGCUCAGCAGCAAAAAGGGAACAACGAAUCCGCUUGGGCCCGUUCCACUACGACCAGAGACAGUCCCGUUCACACCACCAUCAACGACGGCCUCUCCAGCCUCUUCAACAUCAUCGACCACACGCCCAUCGCAUACGACCCCAUUCAGAAAUUCAACAAGUCCCCUAGCCGCUCUCGUCCCACUGAAGCAGGGCCUCAAGAGCCAACGGACCCCAAAUCUCCCAGUGUUUGUGCUGCACAGGGGCCUGUGAGGAACUCUCGGGGCCGGUCCCCAAGCCCUGUGCAGCUGAUUGUAGAGACGCAAGGCGAGAAAACUCCAGAGGUGAUUAGCAUCAGACAGGACCUGUCCGCUCCUCCAGGCUACACUCUAGCUGAGAAUGCAGCACGGAUCUUGAAUAAGAAACUACUGGAGCAGAGCUUCAGAGAAGAAAGGAGGCUUUCCGCUUCAUUCGCAGCUUCUCCAAACAAAACCGGAGACACAGAGAAACCAGGAUGUCUUGAGGACUUGCCUCGUUCGCCAGUGGCUCCACCUCUGGACUCCUGCUUCCUGCGUCCGGCUCGUCCCGCCAACCGCCGUCCUCCGUCCCGCUGGGCCGCCCACUCGCCCUCAUCCUCGCCCAACUACAAAGACCGAUCGGAGAUGUUCCGCUUCCCCUCGCCCGUCAGACCGGUUCAGACCAUCCCGGAGAUAGAGGAGCCCGGUCAGGAGGUUUUCCCUUAACCAGCCUAGACUACAUCCUUCUGUGCUUUCUGUCACCUUGAGUUCAGUCAGCAACCUGUUUAUCUCAACCUCAAGUAUGAUUUUAAAAUUUCACUUCUGAAAUGCCCCGAAAAAGGGAAGUGUGGUGAUAAAUCAGGAUUGUAUUUACGCUUUCACUCUCCUUAACCAUCUCCCAUUCCUGACCACACACGUACUACGCACACCGUCGGAGCGACGGAACCAUCGAGAACCUUUCUAAAAAACAUUUAACUGCCCUGCCACUAGAGGGCAGAGUUCUGUGAGCACCAGCUGAACUGAUCCAAUAGGAAACAGUUCCAGAAAUUCCGUUUCGGAAUUAUCAAGGACCUGGAAUGUACUGAUGCAAAACACCGCAAAGUGUUCCAUAAGAGGUGCCUACACACGCAUGACCUCGCGACGGUCCCGUACCCGUGUGUGUCCGUGUACAAUGUAUGCAAUACAUACCACUCGAUAUGUGUUGGUCAUUAAGCCGCAAACUUCUUUUCAGAUGUUCUGAAAAAUAUAACUGGAUAGUAAUAACAUUUGUCGGAUCAGCAUAAAAGUUUACAUGUGUUGAUUUAUAUUCAUUUUGGAGGGGUGAAAAUCAUUUGUUAAAUGAUGUUCUGUGUAUAUAGUUUAUAAAGCUAUUUUCUUAAUUUCUGCGUACAUCCCGUUUCGUUGGAAACCUUUGAUGCUUGAAUUAAAAAGUUGUAUUUGUAAAGAGAAUUAGAUCAAAACUAAAGGAGAAAACGCACACACACACACUCUCUAGUUCGACAGGGACGAAUGAUACAUGAUGUCAAUCAUAAUGUAUUUAAAACCCAAUGUAAAACUGAAUGUUCG